AUGCAGCGCGCCGUCCCAGUUCCGCUCCCUCGUCUCCUCGCCCUCCUCCCCCGCAACGGCCUCGGCGCGUCCGUGUACGAGUCGCGCUGGGCGGGCAAGGGCCUCCCCGUCCCGACCAGCUCGGCCGCCUCGACUGGCGACAACUCGUGCCGCUGGGAGGUCAAGAAGGUCAAGCUCACCCCGGCCGACAACGGCAAGCUCCACGGUCGCGCGUACGGCGUUCACUUCUGGAAGGGCAAGCGCACCACACCCGCCGACAAGGACUACGAGCCUAUCCGCCACGCGUCAAAGUACCUGUGGCAGGCGGCCGUGCCCCCGCCGCUCCUCGUCGAGCAGGCGAGGCAAGCCGCAGCUCGUGCGCCAGCACCAGACGCCGCCGCCGAGGCAUGA